CUGCUCGAUCCAACUCGCCGGCGCGGUCGUGGAUAUUCCGUCUUCGUGCUUGUGAAAUCCGGACUCUCGCAAAAGUCCAGCGCCAGCACCUCGUCUCGGCAAUCCUCUCCUUCAGUCACCGGCUUCGUGCUUCGGCCAUGUCGAGGGCGGCGCAGGGUAUGCCAGAAGGAAGCAGCUCAGACGCACCGUUAUCAUCUCCAGUCGUGUCUGCACCGUCCUCUCAAUCGUCAAAGCCACCGCGGGUACUUGCAUGCACGCUUUGCCAUCAGCGCAAGGUCAAAUGUGAUCACAACUUUCCCUGCUCUAACUGCAUCAAGUCAGGAGCGGAGUGCGUUCCCACCGUGCCGGCCCGGCGUCGUCCCAGGCGCCAAAUCGCCAAGCGAGACCUGCUGAAGCGUCUCCGUCGGUACGAGGAGCUGCUCCUCCGGAGCAAUAUUAAUUUUGAAUCGCUCCCCGACAGCUCCUCUCUGGUUGAGACGUCGUUCAGCACGGAAGUGGACCACGGCUCGGACGAUGAUGAGAAUUCAGAGCCUGUUGAUGGGACGGAGUCACCGUCUCCCUCCGCAACCGCCAAGUCGGAAAGAGGACUGUCGUACGAGACUAAGAGUUUCUGGCAUGCCAUGAACCAGUCUCGGGACGAUAUCGAGAACCAAAGCAACUGUCCGAGUUACGAGGACCGUGAAACUAUGGUUAAGAAGGCUUGGGAGCAGUUAUCUGGGGAUAACAUCCUCCUCAUUCUCGGCUCUCGAAAGACAGCGGCUAACCUCUCUCACCUACAUCCCGAACCGAUCCAGAUCUUUAGAUUGUGGCAAGUAUACCUCGACAAUGUCAACCCCUUGAUCAAGGUCAUACAUCCCCCGAGCACGCAGGGGCGCAUCAUCGAGGCCAUGGGCAAUCUUCGACAGAUCAGCCCCCCCUUCGAGGCUCUCCUAUUUAGCAUCUAUUCCAUGGCCGUCUUGAGUCUGUCAGAAGAAGACUGCCAGACCUUCUUCGACUGCCCGAGGGAAUAUCUCCUAUCGAGAUACCAGUACGGCUGCCAGCAAGCGCUACUGAAUUCCCGCUUUUUACGAACGAACGACCGCGAAUGCUUGACUUCGUUGUUCUUGUACAGUAUGUCGAUCGGCCUCAGCACAGAUCCCGUGACGCUAUCCUCCAUACUCGGCAUCACUCAUCGCAUCGCCCGUCGUAUUGGCAUCCACAACGAGGGGAUCACCAGGAAACACGACCCUUUCGAAGCGGAAAUGCGCCGACGGCUCUGGUGGUCCUUCGCUCUCUUCGACGACCGCAUGGGCGGGAUGGCCGACUUCAAGAGCGCAUCACUCGGCCCUACCUGGGACUGCAGCAUACCCCUGAACGUGAACGAUUCCGACCUCUGGCCACACAUGAAGCAGGCACCAGCAGCUCGCGGAUUUUCGACCGACGCGACGCACGUUGUAGUUCGCGCUCAGAUAGGGGAGUUUAUCAGGCACUCCAAAUUCCACCUUGACUUCACCGACCCGUCCUUGCAUGCGGUAGCUCGAGACGCUCAGCGGGUUGAAGUGCCCGACUUGGCGGCGCUGGAGAAGAUGAUCGAGGAAAAGUAUCUCAAGUUUUGUGAUCCCGACAUCCCCCUCCAUUUCUUGACCAUUUGGAUGACAAGAGGACACAUGGCAAAACACCGGCUCGUGGAACACUAUUGGAAACACGAUGGCUCGACCCCUAACGAAGCCGCUGCCGAAGCCAAUGUUGACGCGACGAUGUCCCACGCAUUCACGAUGCUUGAGUGCGAUACGAAGGUCAUGACGCAGCCGACCACGAGAGGGUAUACUUGGCUAUACAACUUCUAUUUCCCGUUCCCCGCGUAUCUCCAAAUCAUCAAAGAGCUACGAAGAUGCCCUGUCGGGAAGCAUGCGGAACGAGCGUGGGGAUUGAUGGACGAAAAUUUCGCGGCACGCCUUUCCACCACAUCUACGUACCACAGCCCACUCUUCAAAGUCUUCGCCACGACCGUGCUCCCGGCCUGGGACGCGCGCGAGGCGGCGUUGAAAGAGUCAGGACAGACGUUGACACCGCCAGCGAUGGUAAUAGAAGUUAGAAAAGGGUUGGUACAGAUGGGCCAGAGUACGCAAGACGGGUACUUUCCAAAAGGAGCAGAUCAGCAACCCGGCAAUGGUACAAAUAUGAAUGACCUUGGCUUUUCCGUGUCGAUGCCGACGAGUCUUGGUAUAAACGGUCUAUUGUCCGAGAUGAGCAAUGGGGGGCAUGGCAGCCACGGCGGGACCGAGGCUGGGAUCUUUACCGGGCUCUUCGGGCAGACGCCGCCGGAGGAGAUGAACCCGGGCAAUUGGCCUGCCAUGGGCUGGGGGUUUGGGGGGUAGGAGAGUCGGUGGCGUGGUGCGGCCGAGCCUCUCUACCGGCAAGGCGGUCAUUACCCAACUAAUUGUAGGCGAAUAUCCGUAGAAGGGCAAUCUACGCAGGCGGCCUUACCUGUGGGUAUACGAGAUACGAGGAGAGGAAUGCCAUAGCAGAACUCGCUGCUCUGUUAGAAGAAUUAACAGCUCUUAGCUAUCGGGCCACUAGGGCGAACCACUCACUCUUGUUCUCUUUCGAGAUAUUUUCCUUUUUUUCCAGUCAUGCUCCCCGGUACAUGCACACACAUAGGUAAUUAAACGGCUUACACCUCCGCCCCGCCCCAGACGGAGAUCAUGGAAGAAACGGCCAAGGUCUCUUCCUUCGUUCGCCCGGAGGUCCGUUCCUAGACUAUCGUGUUGCGCUUCACUGCUCGACGUUCGUCACACCGCCGGGGCGCGCAGCGAGAUUAGCAG